UCUGAGGUUAAUCGGUCUAAUUCGCUCAUCCUCUUUAACGUACCUGUGAGCAAGGACAGCUUGCUUGAACAGCGGGCCCUGUUUGGUCAGGAACAGUGGUUCAACCUGUGCAAUAAAGUAGGUCUGAAUAUUAGUUCAGUGAAAUUGUGCAGGCUGUACAGGGGUAUCCACACACCUCAAGGUAAGCCACCCCCAUUACGGGUUACACUGGACUCUGCCGAAGAGGCCGAGUGGGUACUAUUGAUGGCUCAGGUACUAGCCAUCGACAGAAGCUCUAACAUAAGGUUGAGACAAGACAGACCAUGGGCUGUUUGACAAAUGGCGAGGGAGUCAACGGAACUUUUACCUUCUACCUCUAUGGUGGUACACGGUGUUCCGGAGCUGGAAACGGGUACUGCCUGUGAAAAACACAUGCAUGAUGUACAGCAGUGGAGAUGGCUGUCGUCUCAGAUGGCCCUUGGCGCUUCUGGAGCCAUCUCCGUUUACCGACUACCUCACCUGCUCAUCUCACACUGAUUAGCUCCCCAAAGCUGCUAAGUGUCACAUUCAACUCCCCAGAGCAGUCGGCCAUAACACUUCAACGGUGGUAUGAGAUCAAGGGGAAAUUGGGAGGACACAUCCGAUGCUGCGAAAGCAGACCUCGAACCCUAAGGAAGCAGCAAACGGAGGCCUUAAUACGUCCUCAAGCUUCAGUGACACUAGAGCGAUGCAGUUCUGAGAAUAACAGUCUGUGCCACCCAAGUGUCCUGCCUAAAUCCAAGGGAAAAAACCACAACGGGCCGGUUCCAUCGGAACUAGUCCCAACAUUAAGUCCCCUACCAGCAGGCAGCUUCACGUCAACUGCCCCGUAACACGCUGAGGUUGUAAGACUCACUGUCAGCUGCCUAUAUAGCAAUGUGAGGGGGCUGAGAAGAAAAAUAGGUGAACUCCGAAAUCUCCAAGCACACCUACAACUGAAAAUGAUCAUUCUCACGGAAACAUGGCUAACCCCCACUAUCGCCGAUAAUGAAAUCAGUGUAGGUGAUAUGGUUUUAGUCAGGAGAGACAGGGAUAAUAAGGAAGGAGGGGGAGUUGCCAUAUACUUUGAUAGACAACUUAAAUGUGUGCGCGCAACGGACCCAUCACUUAUUGAACUCCCAGACUCCAUAUGGUGUCAUUUCACCGUAGGCCACACCAAGCAUUUACUUGGUGGCAUCUACCGAUCUCCCACAUGUGGGGCAGAGCACAAUCAGCUACUGCUCACCACUAUCACAGGGAUACGAGACUUGGGCUAUGACCAAAUCACCAUUGCUGGAGAUUUCAAUGCCCCAUCACUGAACCUUGGCUCGGGGUAUGCUAAGGGAAAAUUCGGCCGAAAUCUACUGCAAGCUAUUCGGAACACGGGACUGACUGAGAACGUUGGAGACGACACUAGGUGGGGCCCUAGUGGAAAGUCAUCAAAACUAGACUACAUUCUGACUAGUGACCAACUUCUUGUCGAAAAGGUCCAGAUCAUGACUCCUCUAGGAAGUAGUGACCAUGCAGUCAUAGGUUUCGACCUCGUUCUCCGUGAGCAUUUGCAGUGGGACGCUACGCAACCAUGUCUGUGUUACAGCAAGGCUGACUAUGCUGAAAUGCGGAGGCUCUUGUCCGACGCAGACUGGCCCUUAGCAUGGGAUGAGCUGUCUGUGGAUGAACACUGGGAAGCGGUAAAAAAGAUUAUUCAUACAGUAAUCUCGAAUACCGUCCCUUUAGUCACAACACAGCCCAAAAGAAAUUCAUCAUGGUUAAAGAGAGGCACGCAGCGUAUUCUGCAAGCAAAGCGGAAGGCUUGGUUUACGUGGCGCGUAUCUAAAAGCCAGAUCGACCAUGAUGCAUACCUGGAACUCAGGAACCGGUGCAAUGCAAGAUUCAGGAGGGACAGGAGGUCAUUCCAGGCUAACUUUGCUAAAAAACUCCUGGCAAACCCCAAGAAUUUGUACCGAUUCAUGUCGGAAAGGAAACCAACCAACCAGGGGGCGUGCGCCUUAGUAGGCCAAAACGGUCAAUAUCUCACUAGUCUGGAGAUGGCUGAAACAUUUAGUUUAGCCUUCGCCAAACAGCUAAACAGCAAUGUGGGUAUUACCGUUACGGACCAAAAUGGUGGCAUGACUAUUUCACAGGAGGAAGACCAAAUAGCCACCCCCCAAAUAAACCCUGCAAUAGUACUGAGAAAGCUGCAGCGACUCAUACCUGGGAAGUUCCCAGGUUGUGAUGACAUCAGGCCAUCUGUUCUGAAACAGUGCGCCGAAGCUCUCUGUAGGCCUUUAUGCGACUUGUUCCAACACUCCAUGGAAUCAGGGAAACUGCCAAAGGAAUGGAAAAGAAGCAUCCUUUCUCCGAUCUUCAAGGGUGGGGAUAGGCAAAAUCCCACAAGUUAUAGACCAGUAGCUCUACUCCCAGUGGUAUCGAAAGUACUGGAAAGUAUUAUUGAUGAUCACAUCAGGGAAUAUCUGGAUAGGUCUAAAAUACUCCAUGAAGCCCAACACGGUUUCAGGAAAGGGCGAUCCUGCGUCACCAACUUAUUAUCAGCUUGGGAGGACUGGACAUCAUGCUGGGAUAUGAAUGUUCCAGUUCAUCUGAUCUUUCUAGACUUUGAGAAGGCAUUUGACACUGUUCACCAUGACCUUCUCCUACACAAAAUAAGCCAAGUAGGGUUAGGUAAACCACUUCUGUCAUGGUUGAAGGACUACCUAACUGAAAGGCAAUUUUGCACCAAGGUCAAUCGAGUUCGAUCAUCAUGGCACAGCUCGUCAUCAGGAGUGUCGCAGGGUUCUAUCCUGGGACCACUGAUGUUCUUGAUUUUUAUCAAUGAUUUACCAUGCCGUCUAAGCUGCCCGACUCUUCUAUACUCUGAUGACGUGAAGAUAUGGAGGGCGAUAAAGUGUCCGGAGGACUCAGAUAGACUGCAGGCAGAUCUAAGGCUUCUGGAAGAAUGGGCGGUAGCCAGUGGCAUGACUUUCAACCUGAAAAAGUGCAAAGUAGUGAAGUUACGCACCUGUAGACUGCAGAAUGCAAGUUACACCCUGUGCAAUGAAAGCUUGUCCUGCUCAACGUCAGAACGUGACUUAGGUCUAGUUCUAACGGAGAAAAUGGACACAAGCGUAAAUUACACGGGGGAUGUAGCGAGGGCAUAUGCGGUCAUACACUUUACACAUAGACAAUUAGGUGCACUCACUCCUGAGCUCUUUCUAAGGUUGUAUAAAACAUACGUCAGACCGCAUCUUGAAGUGCAUAAUAUCAUUGCACCCCCACUGCUUAAAAGAGACGCCAACCUUUUGGAAAGAGUCCAACGACGGGCAACAAAAGGAGUGGUUGGUCUCCGAAAUAAAUCAUAUGAUGAAAGGCUGAAGAAAUUAGGCCUAUUCACACUUAGUUACCAUCGUCUUAGGAGGGAUUUAAUUACUGCCUACAAAAUAACAAAUGAUCAGAAUCACCCAAACAAAGGUGUUCUGCCAUUGAGUAGGUAUAGGCUCCCUCGUGGAAAUCCUAGAAGGAUAGCUCAUCAGAGGGCAAGGACCCGGGUGCGCUCCCACUUCUUUUCCCUGCGGGUUUGCCGUCCCUGGAAUUCCUUACCGGCAGAUGUAGCUAUGGCACCAUCUGUGGACGCCUUUAAGCGAAGGCUGGACAACCACGCAGCGACACAAGGACUUCAUCCAAAUGGCCUAUCCCCUUAAAAUCGCAUACACCAUUCAAAGGUAGACAAUUAAACUGGUCGUUUUACUUCUUCACAUUCUCUUCAGUCUUACUCUCCUGACACCUUUAACUACACCCAUUAUUAUUAUUAUUAUUACUGGUAUAUAUAUAUAUAUAUACCGGUUGACUGACUGUUGUUACGUUUUCUUAUUCUUUUUAUGUCUGUUAGUCUGAAUACCUUUACUAAUUAUAUCUAUUAUUAUUAUUAUUAUUAUUAUUAUCUCCUUUCUAUUGACGACUAUACCGAAGGACCAACUGGUGAAAGGAUCAA